CCACCCCGCACGUGGCGCCCAAACUCGGCGCGGACCCGCUCCGCCAAGUACAGAACUCGCGUCCCAGUGGAAUAGAAGAUGAACUCAACUGAAUUCAGUGAAGAUGUAGAAGAAGUUCUAAAAAUCAACACUGUGAAGGUGGAGACCGACGGGGAGGAUGCUGUGCUGGACUGCUCACGCAACUCCAGGCCCACUGAGAAGCACCCUUUGGACGGCGUCCUCAGCGCCCUGCAGGAAUCCAGCAAGCGGAAGCAGCCGGGCAGCGAUGGCCUGCCAGACCCUGUCCCCAGCGUGAAGAGGAGGCGGCUGAUUCCCGAGGCACUCCUGGCAGGCAUGCGCAGUCGGGAGAACAGCUCCCCCUGCCAGGGCAAUGGAGAGCAGAUCAUCAGAGGCAGAAGUGGGGGCUCUGUUUGGCCUGGUGAAGAGGAGCCCUCCAACGAUACCACCACCCCUUCCUACAAGAAGCCUCUCUACGGCAUCUCACACAAGAUCAUGGAGAAGAAGAACCCACCCUCCGGGGACCUGCUCAGCCCCUAUGAGCUCUUCGAGAAGGCCAACCCGGGCAACAGUCCCUCCCCCCUGCGGCUGCUAAAUGAGACCCAGAAACGAGAAUGUGGAGGGGCAGCCAACGACGGGGACCCCAACAUCUACUUCCUGAUCCAGAAGAUGUUCUACAUGCUCAACACGCUCACGUCCAACAUGUCCCAGCUGCACAGCAAGGUGGACUUGCUCUCGCUGGAGGUGAGCCGCAUCAAGAAGCAGGUGAGCCCCUCGGAGCUGGUGGCCAAGUUCCAGCCACCCCCAGAGUACCAGCUCACCUCCGCCGAGCUCAAGCAGAUUGUGGAGCAGAGCCUGUCGUGCGGUGACCUGGCCUGUCGCCUGCUGGUGCAGCUCUUCCCCGAGCUCUUCAGCGACGUGGACUUCUCCCGCGGCUGCAGUGCCUGCGGCUUCGCUGCCAAGCGCAAGCUGGAGUCGCUGCACCUGCAGCUCAUCCGCAACUACGUGGAGGUCUACUACCCCUCGGUGAAGGACACGGCCGUGUGGCAGGCCGAGUGCCUGCCGCAGCUCAACGACUUCUUCAGUCGCUUCUGGGCGCAGCGGGAGAUGGAGGACAGCCAGCCCAGUGGCCAGGUCCCCAGCUUCUUUGAAGCCAACCAGGUGGACACCAGUCACUUCAUGGACACCAAGGACCAGGAGGAGGCCCUGUCGGUGGACCGCAGCAGCACCAUCGCCUCGGAUCACGUGGUGGACACGCAGGACCUCACGGAGUUCCUAGACGAAGCCUCUUCCCCGGGUGAGUUCGCCGUCUUCCUCCUCCACCGGCUGUUCCCGGAGCUCUUUGACCACCGCAAGCUGGGCGAGCAGUACAGCUGCUACGCCGAGGGUGGCAAGCAGGAGCUGGACCCGCAGCGGCUGCAGAUCAUCCGCAACUACACCGAGAUCUACUUCCCGGACAUGCAGGAGGAGGAGGCCUGGCUGCAGCAGUGCGCCCAGCGCAUCAACGACGAGCUCGAGGGCCUGGGCCCCGAGGCGGGUAGCGAGGGCGAGCCCCCGCGCGACGACUGCUACGACUCUGCCAGCCUGCCCGACGACAUCUCCGUGGUCAAGGUGGAGGACGGCCUGGACGGCGAGCGGCCGGGCCGGCGCUCCAAGAAGAUCUGGCUGGUGCCCAUCGACUUCGACAAGCUGGAGAUCCCGCAGCCCGACUUCGAGGUGCCGGGCGCCACGGAGCGGCUGCUGAGCCGCGAGCAGCUGCGGGGCAUCUACGAGAGCUCGCUGUCCAUCGGCAACUUCGCGUCGCGCCUGCUGGUGCACCUCUUCCCCGAGCUCUUCACGCACGAGAACCUGCGCAAGCAGUACAACUGCAGCGGCUCGCUGGGCAAGAAGCAGCUGGACCCGGCGCGCAUCCGCCUCAUCCGCCACUACGUGCAGCUGCUCUACCCGCGCGCCAAGAACGACCGCGUGUGGACGCUCGAGUUCGUGGGCAAGCUGGACGAGCGCUGCCGGCGCCGCGACACCGAGCAGCGCCGCUCCUACCAGCAGCAGCGCAAGGUGCACGCGCCGGGCCCCGAGUGCCGCGACCUGGCCGCCUACGCCACCAACCCCGAGCGCUUCCGCGACGAGUUCGAGGGGCCUCCGCUGCCCCCCGAGAGGAGCAGCAAAGACUUCUGCAAGAUCCCCCUGGACGAGCUGGUGGUCCCCUCCCCCGACUUCCCCGUGCCGCCCCCCUACCUGCUGUCCGACAAGGAGGUGCGCGAGAUCGUGCAGCAGAGCCUGUCCGUGGGCAACUUCGCCGCGCGGCUCCUCGUCAGGCUCUUCCCCGAACUCUUCACCGCCGAGAACCUGCGGCUGCAGUACAACCACUCCGGGGCCUGCAACAAGAAGCAGCUGGACCCCACCCGCCUGAGGCUCAUCCGCCACUACGUGGAGGCCGUCUACCCCGUGGAGAAGAUGGAGGAGGUGUGGCACUAUGAAUGUAUCCCCAGCAUCGACGAGCGGUGUCGCCGCCCCAACAGGAAAAAGUGCGACAUCCUCAAGAAAGCCAAGAAAGUGGAGAAGUGACCGGCCUCUUGGCUGCCCAGGACACCGGGACCACCAGAGUCUGAGCCAGGGGCGCCUUUGGGACUGACCGUCACUUCGGAGCACACGUAUGGUAACCACAGACAGGCACCUUAUGUCAGUGGGGAGUGGCGUCCUACAUUUGCACACGUGAACACUCACCCAGCCACAGAAAGAAGCCUUGAAUUUGGUCACUUGUGUUCAUGACCUUACCCUGUGUUCCCCAAUGGCACAGCCAGUUUGAGGGGAUCCAAGCUGUGACUGAGAUCAUAGGCAUUAGCAGAGUAAGGUCUCCUCUCCCCAGACAAGCUUUCUCCAUCCCUCCCAAAUCAAAAUGCAAAUUCAGAAACUUUUGUUUCUCUACAUUUUACAUUUCCUUUUUUUAAAAAAAAAAAAUUAAAAUUAAACCCUUCAAAAAAUCAUUUUGCUCUUCCCCGGGGCCAGUUUUCAGAUGAGGUACUGUAAGAUGACUUCUGUUGCUGGGACUUUUAGGAUGAUUUUAGAUUUAUGAACUUUUUUUUUUUAGAGGUGCCAUGUUCAAGCUUGAUGGGUAGUCAUAGCUUCAAGUGGCAUAGCAAUUAGGUUUACUGAUCUUAUAUUUGACAUCUGAUUUUGAAGCUCCUUAGGUCGCAGUAGAGGGGGUGGCAUGGGCAUGGUGUGACGUCCUUUCUGAACAUGUGGGAGUUUCCCUUCCGCUGUGAUGCCCAGGGAGGUUCCAUGUGGCUUCUUGGCCAGUGGCCCCUGCCAUGUGGGUAGAAUGUUGUGCUCACUGUGUAGACGAGAACACUGGAUCACGAUGAGAUGAAUGUAGAUAUAUGUGGAAACAGUCCCUAGUGUCUUCACAUGAGCUGUGUCCUCCCAUGGCCCUGGUCACUUCCCCCUCCUCACGUCCAUAGUUGGAGGGGCAGACACAUUAGAAACAAUGGGUAGGGACAUCUGGCUCCCAGUGUGAUUCAAGGGUGGGCUUCUUUGGGUUUACCAAGAACUGUUUAUUUUCCAUGUGGUUAUUUGUACAAAGUCUGGGUUCUGGGAGCUGGGCAGUGACUUCCCCAGACCUCAGUGUUAGCUCCUCUCACUGAAGCAUUCCAAGUUCCUCCAAGGAUGCCCAGGCCUAGGGCCCUUCUGCAGGUAGCGGAAUGGCACAGAUCAUCUUGAAUGGAGUUCCCAUGUCCCUUCCCAGCUCCACUCAGAACUCAGACCUUCUAGAAGGUUCUGCUGUUGUAUCCUGGCCUGUUCCUGGUGUGGAGGUGCACAUCUCUUCCAUCCCUUCUGCACUGGGGCCAGAUGCCUAAGAAGAAAAGGAAACAGUCUAACCCAAAUCCAACAAACCACAAACGUGGAAGAUGAAUUGAACCACCCAUGGGAGUCAUAAAACCUUUGUAGGAGGGAACAGAUUUCCUGACCUAAUGGUGUAAUAUUUUGCAACCUUAAAGUGAUGAAAUGAUAGAAAUAAUCUAUGAAUUGUCUUCAUACAGCUAAGAAGUUUAGUUCUACUAGCUGUGUGAUAUAAUUUUGUCUGCACACAAUGAGCAUUUUAAAAAUACAUAACAGCCAGGCAUGGUGGUGGCACAUGCCUUUAAUCCCAGCCCUCGGGAGGCAGAGGUAGGAGGAUCGCUGUGAGUUGGAGGCCACCCUGAGACUACAUAGUGAAUUCCAGGUCAGCCUGGGCUAGAGUGAGACCCUACCUCAAAUAAAAAUACAUAACAAUUUCGAAUGAUUUCUAUCCCUUGUGAUUUUCAGAUUAUUUCUCCUGCAACUGUAGACCUAAAUUAUUGAAGUUGAUGGUUCUAGUCACACAUGCAUUUCUCCUUACUGAAAACGUGAGUGAGAUGAAGGGGACCUCCAUUAAAGACAAGUUCAUCUUUGUGCCCAGGAGGAGGAGGGCAGCCAGGAACUUCCCUCUUCCUUCUCACUCGGGCCUUUCUCUAAUGCCUUAGUCUCUCCACCACACACACACACACUACCCCAAAGACGGCUUCGACUCUCCGCUGACUCCACAGGUUGGGGGGGAGUGGCGUCCCAUGGAAUUUGUUUUGGUUGUGAGGAUUAUAUCCAACAGGAUUCCAAGCCAUGUGAAAACUGUCCUGCUUUCUAGUGGAAUGUGACCCUGCCACAUCAGAAGCACAAUCAUUUAACUUUUUAGAAAGUCCUGUCUACUCAUAUUAGAGAAAUCCACAGGUUCUAGGAAUUAAACAUGUCUCUUUGUAAAGUAGAACAUGUUAAGUUUUAGGAAACUGUAGUUUGGCAAUUUUCCUUUUCCCCAAAUCCCACAGAGCCUUUCAGUGAAGAGAGGUGGUACACGCUCUGGUAGCUGUUUCCCGUCUGCCCCCCUGGAUUGUAUGGCGUUACUCACGACUCCAUCCAUACAGGUGGCUCCAGUGGGCAUUUUUUUACAUGAAGCAAUAUGAGUACAAAAUACUUAUUUUUUCAGAAUUUAAUGUUCUGUAAGAUCUGUUAGCAGCUCUUUUCCUCCCCAUCUUAAUUUUUUGGCUUUUCUUGUGUUAUGGAUAUUUUUUUGCCUUGUAUCUGGAGGACUAAAGAUUAGCACAGACACAUUCUAAGUAAAAUAGUAUGUCACCGUAGGCAGUAGCAGUCAUGGUUUUCUGUUAGUAACUUGUUAAAGAAUGUAUGAAGAUAGUCGUGAAUGUAGAGAGUUCACAUCUGCUUCAGUUCAUGUGGCCGUGUCUUUAUGACAACAAACUUUUUUGACAGGGAAUAAAGUGUCUAAUGUCAUUAGUGUUCAUGUGCCCCUACCCCUUCAGUGUUGGGCCCCAAAACCUUCCAUUCCUUUUAAGUUUGGGGAGUGGGGGGUGCAUUUUAGCAGCAAUCGUUAACCAACCAAUGGGGUCUACAUAAGUGACCGGAUUGGCUGUUUCAAUGGUAAGUCACUGGCUUGACCCAGCCACAGUAUUCCUGUGGAGAUGGCCUCAGUUUCCAUCUUUUCCCCCUCCAGGGUUGUUUCUUGCCUGAUGGGAAGGGGUCUGGAGACUCCUGGCUGAAGGUCAUUGAGCCCUCACCGGGCCUGGCUGUACAGGUGGGCCUCUCUCUCUGCAGUAGAGGUGAGGCUGUUACUGUUGUAUGCAAAUCCUUGCCUUGUGUAGAUCCAGCCUUAAUGUUUUUCUGACAUCCUAGUAAGAGCAGACCCUGCACAAAGUGGAUAUCAGAGUUAACUACUGUGAGGAGAUAAAAUGAGAAUAGUUUUACCAAAGAUAAUGAAAUAUCAUGUCUGAAUUGUACCAUUGAUUUGAGUGCACCCUUAGAAAACUGAAUGUAACAAAAACCCAGGACAUUUUUGGAAAUUGUAUGCUCUCUAGCAAUUUUGUGUGAUUUUUUUAUAC